AUGACACUCGAAGAAUACGAAGCACUCUCUCCCGAGCAGCAGCAGCAGCACGACCAGUCGGAACGCGCUCGUGAGGCUGCCGAGCAAGCCGCUCUUCCCUACACCUGGAAGCAGCAGCUCGACAUUGUCGAGAUCUCGGUCCCUGUUCCUCAGGGCACCAAAAGCCGGGACCUCACCAUCGAGCUCAAGAAGCGAAAGAUCAAGGUCGCUCUCAAGGGGAAAGACGCCAUCCUAGAGGGAGAGCUUGCCAAAGACAUCAAGGAAGAGGACAGCACAUGGACCAUCGAAGAUGGCAACACCGUCGAGAUCCAACUCGAAAAGAUGAACAAGAAUGAAUGGUGGCCCAAUGUCGUCACUCACCACCCCAAGAUUGACACCACCAAGAUCGUGCCUGAGAACUCGAAGCUCAGCGAUCUGGAUCCAGAGACAAGAGCCAUGGUCGAAAAGAUGAUGUUCGACAACCGUCAGAAGGCCAUGAACAAGCCCACCUCUGAUCAGCUCCAGCAACAGGAAAUGCUCGCAAAACUCGCAGCCGCCAACCCGAACAUUGACUUUUCAAACGCAAAGUUCAACUCGUCUUCGUAA